UAGAUGCGAAACUUUCGACCAAUAUGCGUGCUUAUUUUUAUGCGUGUAUUGGUUUUACCAGAAAUGACCAAUCAGAUCCACGUUCCAUCGUCGAGUAGUUCGUCUGAUUUAAAUACCUACCAGUACCGUAGUCUUUUUGUCAGUCACGAAUCACGAAUUACCGUUAUUCUCGACCAGUUGUUCGAUUAAGUAUCGCAACAUAUUUACGUUUGUGAAAUGAACAUUUUAAUAAAAAUGAAUUAAAAUGUAAACAAGUUACACCAAUUACAUUUGCCAUGUGCUCAUUUUGUGAACAAUUAUCUUGUUUUCGCAAUACAAUUUCAUAUUACAGAAAUCGUUUAAGCUAACCUAUAGUUUUAUAAAUAAUUAUAAUUUUUUCAAUGUUUAUGAAAAAAUGGAGAUACUAUCAGACCCAGUGUUUAAAACACAAUAUCAAAAAUAUAAAAAUCGUGUCAAAUUAUGGGAAAGUCAUUUUACCGCGAAACAUGGACGUAAGCCGAAUAAGGAUGAUAUUAAAGAGGCUGACAUGAAAAUCAAAGAAUCUUAUAAAAUGUAUUGGAAGUUAAAAACACGUGCUUUAGAAGAAACUCUUAUAGAUAUUUCAUUUUCUGAUGAGGCAGAAGAUAAUGUUUCUAAGACUAUAACGUGUACAUCAUCUGAAAAAAUUAAAGAUGAUAAUAAAGCUCUAAGGAAUAAUGAGAAACAAGUUUUAGAGAUUAUAAGUGGACAAGAUAAAAAAGAUGUAGAAAACAUAGAUGAAAAUAAUAGAAGAAAUACAGAUUUAAAAAAUAUAGAAAAUAAAGGCAAAAUAGAUGAUGAAGAUAUAGUAAAUCCAAUAAUAGUAAAUCCAGAAGAAUGUCAAAGUCAGCAUACAGUUAAUAGUUUGGUAGCAGAAGAAAAUAAAUAUAAAAAUGUAAAAGGUGUAUGGGGUGAUCAUUUAAGUAAAAGUAAUGAGCAAAUACCCAAAAAGAAACAAACAUUACCUAUAGCCAGAGCAUCUUCUUUUCAACUGUCACAAAAUAAAUUUACAAGUUCAAACUUUAUAAAAAGAAAUCCUAGAAAAUCCUUGUCUGCAACAAAAGUAAAAAAUAAAUCUGAAAAAUAUAAUGACCUUAGUACAAAUACAUUGGAAAAAAACACAAACAUAGAACUAAAUAGUAAAGAUAGUUUUGAUAUUAAUGAAGAAACAAAAUCUAUAUUUGGUAAGUCUAUGAAAGUAACUUACAUGGAGUCUAAGCCUGCUACUCAAUCAAUUGGUACAAUACAACAAUUAAUCGAAGGACAUACUGUUAGUAGAAAUUUAAAUCCUGGAUGGUUAGACAGGUGUGCCAAACAAAGUAACUUGGUUUACCCAGCAGUUGAUUUACAAAGACUUUCUGGAACAAGUGAUUCUGGAACUGAAUCAUUGGACGCAAGUAUUUAUUUAUCUAAAGAAACACUUGUGUCUGAAUCACAAGAAACUUUUCAGAUAUCGGACGAAGAAGAUUUUGUUUGUAACAGUGAUUCAGAAGAACAUAGAAACAAACGUAUUAGAAAUUUCAAAAAAAGAUUCAGCGAUCAAGAAAAUCAUCCUAUUAAAAAGAUGUGCCAUGAAAAUUAUACAAAUGGCCUAAUACCAAGUAAGACAACUUUCUGUGAAGAAAAAUGUAACAACUUAAAUAUAACUAAUAUAGAUUUAGUUAGAAACAAUAGCAUAAAUGAUAAUGUAAAUAUUCAGACAAAUUUGUCUAAUAAUAUUGAUAAAUGUAAAGACAAAAUAACAGAUGUACUACAGACUGUAGAUACAAACACACAUAAUGAAGAGAAUGUAGAAAAAUUAUCUAAAGAAAAAUCAGCAAAUUCUAAAAUUCGAAAACAAGUUAAAUGUGUUUCAUCUGAUGACUCAGAUCCUGAUUUCAAUGAAAGUGAUGAAAAGGAGAAAAGAAGCAAGAAGAAAGUAUCAAAAACAAAGAGAACAAGUACAACAAGAAAGAGUAAAGUUACCAAAGGAUCAACAUCAACAAAUAAGAUAAAACAUGCACCUACAACAAGAAAGUCUUAUAGAAAGAAGAAGAAUAUACAAGAUGAAGAAGAUGUCUUAGAAAUCUCUAAUGUAGAUCUUGAAAGUACAGAAGAUAAGAAACCUGAAAUAUAUGGAAUAGAAACCUUAGAAGCUGUUCCGCGUUUUGCAAUGUGCAAAAGUAACCAAGGAGAUCUUAUUGAACAAUUUGCUAAAUCUAUUUCUUCAAAAGCUGAUGAUUUAAGUUCUUCUCUUGAACCUAAGGGGACAGCGAUGAAACUAAAGGGACAAUUAACAAGUAAAGAAAAAUUGGAAAAGAAAGUAGCAGAUGGAAAAUUAAAUGAAAACUUUGUUAGGAUAAAUUUAAAGAAAAAAAUAUUUGUGCGUGGUAAAAAGAAUUUUAAUUUUUCAAAAUAUAGAAAGAAUCAAUGGAAAGAGAAAAAGAAGGAACUUGCAUCUAGCGAGGGUAAUUUAGCAGUAGCUGAUUUUGUAGAAAAGAAAGGUGCAUCCAGUUGUUUUAAAUGCGGAAAUAUUGGUCAUUCUUCAAGGUAUUGUCCAAAUACAAAAAGCGAUGAUUUGAUUCCGUUAAACGAGAUAGAUGAAAGUUCGGAAUUUCCAACUUUAGAAGAAGCUCAGAAAAUGGCCAGUCAAAAUGCAAUUAUAGCACAUGCUAAUAGAAUUGACCGUUUACCGGAGAAACCAUCGUACUCUCUUGAAACAGAGUCUGAAUUGACAGGAAAUGAAACGAAGGAUAAGACUGACGAUGAUGAUUUAUGGGAACCUAUUGAAGAUGAAAAUAUUUUAUGUGGCUACAAAAUUCCCGAAGAUUUGGUACAGAAGUUAUUACCACCAGAAAUUGGUACAGUACAGCCACUAUAUAAACUUAAAGAAGAUCGGUCGUGCAUAGAAACACCAUCUGAAGUUUUCAACACCUUGCAAAAAUUUGGUCAUGAAACAUUUAGACCUGGACAAGAAAAAGCUGUAAUGAGAAUACUUUCUGGUCAAUCGACAUUGGUAACUUUAUCUACUGGUUCUGGAAAGUCUUUAUGUUAUCAGUUACCUGCAUAUCUUUAUUCUAAAUACUCCAAUUGUAUCACUUUAGUGAUAUCACCAUUGGUGUCCUUAAUGGAUGACCAAGUAACAGGUGUACCUUUGUUUUUAUCUGCAGCUUGUCUGCAUACUAAUCAAACGCAAAAAGUAAAAGAUAAUGUUAUGGAAAUGGUAAAACAAGGAAAAGUGAAUAUUUUAUUAAUUUCUCCAGAAGCUGUAGUAGCUGGAGAAAAAUCAACUGGAUUUGGUGCUUUGUUAAGGCAGCUUCCACCAAUUGCUUUUGCAUGUAUAGAUGAAGCUCAUUGUAUUUCACAAUGGUCUCAUAAUUUUCGUCCAUCUUAUCUUAUGGUUUGCCGAGUUCUUAAAGAAAAAUUAGGUGUCAAAACAGUGUUAGCUCUUACUGCUACUGCAACAAAAGCUACUGCAGAAAGCAUAGUAAGCCAUUUAGAUAUAGAAGAAGGAAUGGCGGGUGUUAUCUCUGAUAUUCCAAUACCUAGAAAUCUGCUGUUUACAAUUUCUAAAGAUGAAAAUAGAGAUCAGGCUUUAAUCAAAUUAUUAUUAAGUGAAAGAUUUAAAAACUGUAGCUCAAUUAUUAUUUAUUGUACUCGUCGAGAUGAAUGUGUAAGAAUUGCGAGUCUUCUAAGAAUUGCUUUCUCACAGGAUGGAAAUAAUUUCGAAAAACGAAACACCAAACUAUCUUUUAUCGCGGAAGCAUACCAUGCUGGUUUAUCGGCUCAUCGUCGAAAAAUUGUUCAAAAAGCAUUUAUGGGUGGACAAGUCAAGAUCGUUGUUGCUACUGUAGCUUUUGGUAUGGGUCUUAAUAAGGCAGAUAUUCGCGCUGUUAUACAUUACAACAUGCCUGGCACCUUCGAAGGAUAUAUCCAAGAAGUCGGGAGGGCUGGUCGAGAUGGACUUCCAGCCCAUUGUCAUUUAUUUUUAAAUCCAAUGGAAGAUAAGGAUAAAGUAGAAUUGCGACGGCAUAUUUAUGCAAAUGGAAUAGACAGGCAUACAAUCAGACGAUUACUUCAAAAAGUUUUUGUUCCGUGUUCAUGUGCAAAAUUACGUGAAAACAAAGGAGAUCGUAGGUGUCCUGGUCAUGAAGUUGCUAUUCCGAUUGACGAUACAGUUGCGGCUUUAGAUAUUUCAGAGGAAAAGAUUUCAACGCUUUUGUGUUAUCUCGAAUUGCAUCCUAAAAGAUUUAUUACUGUUCUUUCAUCUGUAUAUAUCAGGGCUAGAGUUUCAAGUUAUAACGGUCCUCAAGCGCUAAAGCAAGCUGCUCAAACGUCACCACCACUUGCAAUGGCAAUAGCAUUAGAUUUACAAAACGGUAUUUCUCAUGAAAAGGAUAACGUUAUUGAGUUUCCGGUUGUGGAUGUUGCAUCUGCUAUUGGUUGGGAUAGUGGUGUAGUAAAAGGUCACCUUAAAAAUUUAGAAUGGAAAGCAGUCAAUGGAGUUCCGAAGCGAUCAGCUAUUUCAGUAAGAUAUGAUAAACUUGGUUUAAGGGUAAAAGCCCCAGGAGAUUUGACAGAAGUGGAACUAGAUGAAGCACUAGAUGCUUUAGUUAGCCGCGCUCAAUCUCAAGAAACUUCAUCUUUACAACAACUUGAGACAAUUAGUGUUAUGCUACACAAGUUUAGUGUACCAUCUGUAGAAGAGUGCCUUAUAUUAAACGAUGAAAUGAUUAACAAGUCUGAUCAAUUAAAAGACGUUAUUCGCAAUUACUUCGAGGGAAAAGUUCUAUUAGAUAUCGAUUUAUCACAACAAAAUGUAAUGGAAAAUGAAGCGCAAGUAGCCUGCGAUAUACGAAAUUUGAUUGUAAGUUACCGUGACAACAAUUUCACUGGACGUGCAGUCGCACGCAUCUUUCAUGGGAUACAAAGUCCAAAUUACCCUGCUUAUAUAUGGAAUAAAUGCCGUUUCUGGAGGGCGCAUAUUUCAUUUGAUUUCAAUGCUUUAUGUCAAAUUGCGACAAGAGAAAUUUUAGCUUUACGUUAGGAUGAUUGUUUCCAGUGAUUCAAAGAAAUUUUUAAUGACUUUUUGAACGUUACCGUGCUAUAACUGCUAUUCUUAUAACGUUAAAAAUUACAAAACUCUUUUAUUAUUAUCUCUAUAGUCCCUGAAUGUACGAGGUCUGAGUUAUGUAUUUAUAAGUUCUCCUGUCUUACAUUGAGAA